AUGUCUGGGUUUUCCAGUAACUUAUCAACAAAUGACUCUACCCUGUGGAAAGAAAAUCAUAAUUCGACGGACCUUUUAAAUCUGCCAGGAACUCUGAAUAUCUAUCUGUUUUGCCUGACAUGCUUAAUGACUCUUGCAGCGCUGGCAGGCAGCAUUUAUUCACUAGUUUCCCUGCUGAAAACGCACAACAGAACCGUUGUGUCCAUGCUUGUGGCUUCCUGGUCUGGGGAUGAUCUCAUGAGUGUCCUGUCGGUGACCAUCUUCCUGUUUUUGCAGUGGCCAAACCAGGUCCCUGAUUACUUCCAGGCUCUGUGCACCACCUCUGCCUUACUAUAUUUAUGCCAGGGCCUCUCGAGCAACUUAAAGGCGACUCUCCUAGUCUCCUACAACUUUUACUCGAUGCACAGGGCUGUGGGGAGCCAGGCAGCCUCCAGAAGAUCCGGCCAGGUGCUCGGCUUGGUGCUGACCGUGUGGGCAGCCAGUCUGCUGCUCUCGGCGCUCCCGCUGUGCGGCUGGGGCACCUUCGUGCGCACGCCGUGGGGCUGUCUGGCGGACUGCUCCAGUUCCUACGUGCUGCUCCUCUUCGCUGUGUACACUUCGGCCUUCGGACUCCUCGCCGGCCUCUCUGUCCCGCUCACUCACCAGUUGCUGUGUUCGGAGGAGCCGCCGAGGCUCCACGCCAACUACCAGGAGAUUUCCCGCGGAGCUUCCACUCCUGGGACCCCUCCAAGUCGGGGGGGAGUGCUUUCCUUGUCUCCAGAUGAUGCUCCCGGCCCUGCGCUGCGCUGUUCUGGGGGAUGCUCCCCCAGCUCCGACACUGUGUUUGGACCGGGUCCACCAGCUGCCGCUGUGGUUGGAGCCUGCAGGCGUGAGAACCGGGGGACUCUCUAUGGCACCAGGAGCUUCACCGUGAGCGUAGCGCAGAAGCGCUUCUCUUUGAUCCUAGCGCUGACGAAAGUCAUCCUUUGGCUGCCCAUGAUGAUCCACAUGAUGGUCCAGCACGUGGUAGGGUUUCAGAGCCCUCCCUUCGAGACACUCAGCUUUCUACUAACCCUGCUGGCCACCACUGUAACCCCAGUGUUUGUCUUGUCCAAACGCUGGACCCAUCUGCCCUGUGGCUGCAUCAUCAACUGUAAGCAGAACGCAUAUACAGUGGCAUCUGAUGGGGAAAAAACCAAGAGGAGAGGCUUUGAAUUCAAUCUGUCAUUCCAAAGGAGUUAUGGGAUUUAUAAAAUAGCACGUGAAGAUUACUAUGAUGAUGAUGAAAAUUCUACAUCCUAUCACAAUCUCAUGAAUUCUGAAUGCAAAACUACAAAAGACUCUCAGAGAGACACUCAUAAUAUCUUUAAUGCCAUAAAAGUGGAAAUCAGCACCACACCCUCUCGGGACAGUUCUGUACUAAAAGGGAUCAACAAAUGCACAAAUACUGAUAUUAUGGAGGCUAAACAGGAUUGCCACAGUGGAAAGGGUGUUGAUCCACUGAUUUCUGAAGAAACAGGAGGUGAUACAAACUAUGAAGAAACCACCUUUUUGGAAGGGCCAGAAAGAAGACUUUCUCAUGAGGAGAGUCAGAAACCAGACCUUUCAGACUGGGAAUGGUGUAGGAGUAAAUCAGAAAGAACCCCUCGUCAGCGUUCUGGUGGUGCCCUUGCCAUUCCCUUGUGUGCAUUCCAGGGGACUGUGUCUCUCCAAGCACCUACAGGGAAAACCCUAUCUCUUUCUACCUAUGAGGUAAGUGCUGAAGGACAAAAGAUAACCCCAGCCUCUAAGAAAAUAGAAGUCUAUCGAUCCAAAAGUGUUGGCCAUGAACCAAAUUCAGAAGAUUCUCCCUCCACAUUUGCGGACACCAGUGUGAAAAUACACUUGGAAGUUCUUGAAAUUUGUGAUAACGAAGAAGCCUUGGAUACCGUGUCAAUCAUUAGCAACAUCAGCCAGUCCUCUACACAGGUCAGAUCUCCAUCCCUACGCUACUCGAGGAAAGAAAACAGAUUCGUUUCUUGUGAUUUAGGGGAAACAGCCUCAUACUCUCUCUUUUUACCUACAAGUAAUCCUGAUGGUGAUAUCAACAUCUCCAUUCCGGACACUGUUGAAGCACACAGGCAGAACAGUAAAAGGCAGCAUCAAGAGAAGGAAGGCUACCAGGAGGAAAUCCAGUUGUUAAAUAAAGCUUACAGAAAAAGAGAGGAAGAAGGCAAGGGUAACUUGUGAUCAUUUGGUCUAAUAAAGGCAAGAACGAAUCUGCAAGUUCAAACUACUUAACACUUUUGUUCUGAGGCUAUUUGAUUUCCUUUAUAACCUGUUGGUUUACAUAAGCAUUACAGAUUUAGUAGUUAAUUGUUUUUAGGAGGAGCAGCUAGAACUAGUGUAAACACUUAAGUGCUUUUGAUGUAUUACCUGUAGAUCACACACUGUGGUAUUUAAAGGUUUGUUUCUUAUCUGAUUCCUAGGCUGUUUUCUAGAUCAAAUAUCAGCCUCAUAUACUAACGUUUUUGCCUAUUUGUCAUCUUCAGAGUAAACAGAAAGUUGUAUAAAUUCAAUAAAUAUAUUAUUCCCAUUCUCAUGUUUCAACACGUAAUACUA